CUCGGCGCUCGCCGUUAUAUAGUUAGUUUAGUCGCUGACAGUUUUUCCCCGCGGCAAGUGUCUUACGUCCGUGUGAGAGCGCGCGGUCAGUGUGAACCUGUCGAGACACGCCUGCUGCUACCGUCUAUAUAUAGUAAUAUAGUAUUUAUUAUAUUGGCGUUCGGAGCAAAACGAGACGAGCCCCAAAACAGUCAUCAUCGAUCAUCAGUAUACAUCAAGGUGUAUCGUAGUGAGCAGCUACCGGCGCUCCGAUCAGUUUUUACCUUUUUCUCCGAGGGCCAAAUGGCUGUUGAUAGUACCGAUAUCGAAGAUUACCGACGUUUCUUCAUCAACAUUAGCGCCUCGACCACAGCGAGAUCCAAGAUCUUUCAAAGUUCGCCGUAGCUGCGUCGUCGUAGUUGCUUGCUACCGCUGCUCCGAAACUACAAUUGCAUCGCGAGUACGUAGUACAACGUGGUGUUUACCUUUGUGCGAGUGCGUGACCCUGCAGGUUACAUCGUCGUCGUCGUCGUCCUCGCGCGAACAUCCUUCGAGCCAAAUCUCGAUCAAUGAUGCCUAAGAGAAAAAUACAGCAGUUCAACGAGGCGAUGGACAAUCAUCAUCUGCGCUACAACUCGCCGUCGCCGAUACCGCCCCGGCGCCGCCGAGUGGGAGACGUGAUCGACUGUAUGGGCAGCACCGCGGCCUCGCCGGCGACGCCUUAUUCCGCGGUCUCGUCUUCGCUGCAUCCGUCCGACUUGGCGUCGCCGUCCGCCGCGAGCAGCACCGGCUUUUUGACGCCGCAGCGCCAAUACAAUCUGCGCUCGUGCAGCACCUGGCCCCACCUGACCACCUCGCCGGAUUUGGGCUACUCCACACCGGAGAACAGAAAAUCAUACGCGCCCGAUUGGGCCUUCAAGAACCACGACACUCACGACGCCUUCGGCUUCGUCGACGAAGAUAAUUAUGCAUUCCAACAAGAUGAAGCCAUGGGGCAAAUGGCGGCGCACAAGGAUGCCGACAGGUACAACAUGGAGCACAUGUAUCGCGGCAGAUGUGUUAUCUUCAAUCACGAGCACUUCGACACGGGCUUCGCCGCGCGUGACGGAUCCAGCGCCGACGCGCGCCGAAUAGAGCAGACUUUCCAGCGACUCGGUUUUAGCGUGGAUAUAUGCGACGAUUACGAGCACAGCGGCAUUAUCAGCAAAAUAAGUGAACUUGCUGCCGAGGAUCAUACCAAUAAUGAUUGUAUUUGUAUUUUUGUUUUGACUCACGGCCUGAAGAAUGACUUGAUCUGUGCCAAAAAUGUAGUAUACAAAAUAGAUGAUCUGUGGAAACCGUUUACGGCAGAUAAAUGUAAAUCUCUGGCUGGAAAACCAAAAUUAUUUUUCUUCCAGGCCUGCCGAGGUGAUGAUAUUGAUGCAGGAAUAAAAUUGCAAUCGAAUAUGUCCAUACACAGCCGUUCACCGACUGAAACAGAUUCUACAACUGCGUCGUACAAAAUUCCAACGCAUGCCGAUUUCUUGUUCGCUCAUAGCACUGUACAAGGAUUUUUUUCAUGGCGAAAUCCAGAAGAAGGUACCUGGUACAUUCAAAGUUUAUGUGAAAUAAUAGAUACGUACUCGGCCACCACCGAUCUAGCCAAGAUGUUAACAAUGGUGGCCCGAAAAGUUGCCACCGAUUACGCUAGUUUUAAUAAUAUAGAUCCAACGAUGCACGAUAAAAAGCAAGUGCCUUCUGUUACUUCAAUGUUAAUUCGAGAUCUAUAUUUCACAUCAAAACAUUACUAAUUGUUUGCAACGAAAACAUUUUGUAAAAAAUUAUUUUAUUAAUGAAUUGUUAAAAGUUUGCCAAGCAAACUUUAAGAUUAUUUUUGUAUAAGUAUUCCACGAUAAAAAGAAUUUUCUAGCGGAAAAGCUUUUGCGAGAUGAAGAAUUCAAAGCUUUUUCUAAAUGAACUAUUAUAUUUAUACUUAAAAAUGUGAUAUAAGAUGCUAAAUAGCAUGAUUUUCUAUUUAUUCGGAGUGUUAAGAGUUCUAAAGAUGCAACAAUCAAUUUUUGCUUCUUGAAACUUGUUAAAAAAUUUUUCAUUGAAGUAUUUCUGUUCUAAAUAUUUGCAAGAUUUUAAAAAUCAAUAUAUUAAUG